UUAAGACGUCAUCUAUUUCAUUUUGGUCUGGCCCCAACUAUGACCAGAACAGCGACCAAGUACAAGGACAAUGAAUGUGUGUCAGCCAGUAAACUUUCCGUGUCUACGAUAUUGUUGAUCACUUUUAACUGAAAUAAUUUUAUAUCUUAGGCAGCUGAAAAUCCACUUGACAACUGUAAAGUUCAACAUUCCAGGGGACCCCCCCCCCCCCCUUGUGUCUAAGACAGUGCUAAGGUUUUCUCAUCGCCUAGUCUGCUGAGGUCGGUGGAGUGAUGUCAGCGGCCGUGCUCAUUACCCUGGCCCGGUCUGGCGGGUUCCACGUGCGGCGGCGGGCCCUCCUGACCACCCGGGCCCUGCAGGACGACCGGCGCCUCUUCCACUGGCUCUCCCCAGCCCGGCUCAGCAACUCCCGGUUCGACCCGGACGGCAGCGGGCGCCCCACCACGUGGGACUCCUUCGGGAUCUGGGACAACCGCAUCGACGAGCCCAUCCUGCUGCCACCCAGCAUCAAGUACGGCAAGCCCAUCCCCAAGGUCAGCCUGUCCAACGUGGGCUGUGCCUCGCUCAUCGGCCAGCGCAAGGAGAACGAGGACCGCUUCCAGGUCUCCCAGAUGACCGACAGCGUCCUGUACUUUGCCGUGUUCGACGGGCACGGGGGCCCGCAGGCAGCAGACUUCUGCGACAAGUACAUGGAGAAGUACAUCAAAGAUCUUCUUGCGGAAGAACAAGAUUUGGAGGUGGUUUUAACAAAAGCAUUCCUGGAAAUUGACAAAGCACUGGCAAGACAUUUACACUUCUCUGGCAAUGCCUCCCUCUUGAGCGCUGGCACCACUGCCACCGUGGCCCUUCUGAGGGACGGCAUCGAGCUGGUGGUUGGCAGCGUGGGGGACAGCCGCGCCCUACUGUGCCGCAAGGGGAAGGCCGUCAAGCUGACGGUGGACCACACCCCCGAGAGGAAAGACGAGAAGGAGAGGAUAAAAAAGAGUGGAGGCUAUGUAACCUGGAACAGUCUAGGUCAGGCAAACGUCAACGGCAGGCUAGCCAUGACACGGAGCAUUGGAGACUUUGAUCUGAAGACCCGAGGAGUCAUAGCUGAACCAGAGACAAAGAGGGUUACACUGCAUCACGCUCAUGACGCCUUCCUGGUACUGACUACAGAUGGGGUUAACUUCAUCAUGAACAGUCAGGAGAUUUGUGAUGUCAUCAAUCAGUGCCAUGACCCCAGAGAAGCUGCCCAGCUGAUAUCGGAACAGGCGAUUCAGUACGGCUCGGAAGACAACAGCACCAUCAUUGUGGUGCCGUUUGGAGCCUGGGGGAAGCAGAAAAGCUCAGCCACCAGCUACUCCUUCAGCCGGAACUUUGUGUCCAGUGGCCGCUGGGCAUGAGGGAGGAGUCGGCAGUCGGACUGAACCAAUGUGCAAUACAGUCUGUGAACCAGGGUGCUCCUCUCUGGACAUUGAAGGGAAGCAUAACCACAUAUUCUUCACCAGAGAUAAGGAACUAUGCUUAAGGGAAUGUGCCAGAAAUAGAUAUGUAGGUAACGCAUUCAUGAGCCAAUAUACCCUACAGUCAGGACAUGGGCUGCAGUCAAUACAUUAAGAAGGGAAGGGAACAUUUCCUAUCAACAGGGGAAAUGUAUGACUGGGUGCAAUUUAGAAGGGAGCUACUUGAGAAAGGUAGUGAGUCAUUUUCCAGGGGCACAGAAACUAGUAUUAUACAGAUUAUGAGAUUGUUGCAUAUGAAGUUGAAAGCAAUGUGUUCUGAGUGCCCUGGCAAUGUGUAUGUGACAAAUUUAAUGCACUUUUCCCCAUGACAGCUUUGAUCAUCAUGUAACAUGUUUCCAUACAUUUUAGUUUUAAUUUAAUUUAUGAUAAUUGCAUACUGAUACCUCGUUGGCCCUGAGAGUGGGAUUCAUGAUUCACAUUUUAGGACCUUGAUGCACUCGGCUUUAUUUAGCAUUGGAAGGUUGUGAAACAUUCACAGAAUUGAUGCACUAGUGACAUUUUUUUCCCAGCGUUGUAUAGAUCAUCCGGUUUAGCAGUGCAAAUCAGAUGGAUACAGUCUUGUAUAUUAGUGCUAUGCGUAUUAAUAUUGAAUCCAUCUAAAUUUUAUGCAGAGUUUAACAUCAUUUUACUGGCUUCAGGUUGAUCCAUCUCAAACCAUUAGUGGCAGUGUAGUUUGGUUUUGCAUGCUUGUCCAUCUUGUCCGGUGGGCUCCGGAGAGGAAGCAUUAAAUGAUUUACUGAGAUAAUGUCUACUACUAAAUGCAUUCCAAGGCCUUGUGGGUAGGCAAGCAAGAAUCAGUUUUCAAAAGCACACAAAUAAUGUGUACAGUCAGUGUAGACUAUGUGAUUGAAACCGAAUUGACUGGUAUGAUAGUUUGUGAAUCAAGAGAAAUUGGUUAAUUACAAAGAAUAUGGAGUAUUUUUUAUCUUUGGUAAAUGACAGUCCUUUAUCAGAAACUACAAAUAUCUCUUUACGAAAAUUUUUUUGUCUGGUUGAUAUAUAUUACUGUUUCUAUAUUUUGUCUUUUGGCAAACUGCUGCUGUUUAAAUGUGUUUUGUACAUACUCUUUGAAAUGUGAGGUUUUGUGGAUAACGCUUUGGUUCUCAAAAGCUGAGCUAUGCUUGUGUUGCGAUUGUUGUGAUUUUAAGGUCACCCAAGCAAUGUGUUCAUCUUUGGAAUUCAGACUGCUAUAUCUUAUAAAACAGUGAAGAAACGCACAUCAUCCAAUAGUCAUAUAUAAUGAAGUCUCAUUGUGACGGUUCUUGAAGAACACUUAGUCUCUCUCCGUAAUACUUUGUGUUGAAGCUAUGGAUGCUUUGGAGUAUCGCAAGUAGGUUUAUCCAGCACUGUGAUUCGCUGAGGUAUUAUAACUGGUAUUGUAUAAGCUUUUCCAAUACAUCUUCUGUACUGAUACAGUGAACUAAAAACUCUUCAGGUGUCUGCCAUAUGUGACAUAGUUGUGUGAAUGUGAUUGAGUCGUUUAUUUGUCCGGUACAUCGACAGCCAAAUAAUGCUGUAUCAUCAGUCAGUGAUGAGAAUACUUAGGGCUCCUUUCAGUCUUUCAGCUAUGUGCUUCGUCCUUCACUAUUGAGUGACAGCUGUGCUGAAAUUAAGGGAAAAUGCUGUGAAAGAAACAAAAAAUGUAAUGCUCGUUUAUAAACACUACUCGGUUAGAAAUUGUGCAUUUUGGUUAGACUGAAUG